AUGAGCUUUGCAAGUAGCACGGUCUCAAAUUCUAAUAAUAGUUCACUAACAUCCUCAUCAUUAAUCAACGCUAACAAUAUUUUAUUCAGUUUUGAAAAAUCAACAUACAACAAAGAAUCUAAUAAUAAUAGUGAUAAUAAUAAUAAUAAUAAUAAUAAUAAUAGUGAUAAUAAUAACGAUAAUAAUCAAAAUAAAAAUAAAACAACACAAAUAAAAUCAAAAGCAAAAUCAGAAUCAUCACCACCACAACCAAAAAUUGUAAUAUGUAAAAUUUGUAAUAAAAAAGGUCAUAAGGAAAAAGAAUGCCCCACACCGGAUCUUAAUAAAAUCUGUUCAAAUUGUAAUAAAAUUGGACAUAUCUCUUCAAAUUGUAAGGUUAUUCAUGUUAAUUUUGCAAGAUCACCAAAACCACAACAAAAUCAAAAAGAAAGAAAACCAAGAAAUCAAAAACAACAACCACAACAACAACCACAACAACAACAACAACAACAACAACAACAAGAUCAACAACAAGAGCAACAACAAAAACAAAAACCACAAACAAAUUCAAGUAAUUCAACUACACCAUCUCCUACAUAUUCUUCACCACCACAACAAGCACCACAACCAAAACAACAAUUAAAAAAUGAACCAAUCAUUAAAAAAAGAUUAGAAUUAAAAAAAGUUGAAGUAGAAACUUUAAAACUUUCAAAAGAUUUACCAAAUAAACAAUAUUGUUUAUCAAAUGGUGAUGAUAUAUUAUUAUAUGAUUCAGAAAAAUUAGACUCAUUUAUUAAUAGUCUUGUAAAUUCAAAAAUAUCAUCAAUUUCAAUUCCAUUCAAUAAUAAUAAUAAUAAUAAUAAUAAUAAUAAUAAUAAUAAUAAUAAUAAUAAUAAUAAUAAUAAUAAUAAUAAUAAUAAUAAUAAUAAUAAUAGUGAUCAAUAUUUACCAAUAAUUGAAUCACUCCAUAAAAAAAAUAUAAAUAUUAUUUUUAAAAUUCAAAUAGUACCAGAUUCUUCAAUAUCUUGUAUUAAUAGUAAUGAAUUCCAACAACAAUUUAAAUCAAAAAUUUCAAAAAUUAUUAAUGAUUUAAAACCAGAUGGAUUAUUUUUUACAAAUUUAAAACUAUCUCAUAAAGACAAUAAGGAAGAAGAAGAAGAAGAAGAACAAGAAGAAUUAUGCCAGAACUGUAAAGAAAUGAUGAUUGAAAAUGAACUAAAUCCAAAUGAACCUAAAGAUAACUUAAUCUUUAAUGAUUAUUCAAUUGACCAAUUUAAAAGAUUUAUUUCUCAAUUCAUAAUUUCAAUAACUACAAACUCAACAUCAACUACAACAACAACUACAACAACUACAACUACUACUACAAACACUAAUAAAAAGAAAAAGAAAGCAAUUCCAAUUAGUGUAGCAUUUGAAAAUCAAUUUAACAAUUUUAUUCAAUUAAAUAAAGAAUCAUUAAUUACUUCAAAUUACCAAGAGAUUCAAUAUAAAGAUCAAAUUAAUUUCUCAUUAUUCUCGCAUUACUCAAAAACUUUAUCAAAUCAAUCAAUUGGUAUUAUUGAUCUUUUCAAUCAAAAUCAACAACAACAACAACCAAUUAUUAAACCAAUUGAUACAAUUUAUUAUGAAUCACUUUAUUCACUAUUAUUAAAUGGAAAAUACUCAUUGAACAACAACAACAACAACAACAAUAAUAAUAACAAUAAUAAUUGGGAUGAUAAAUUAUUAAAUUAUAUUGGUAAAAUUAAUACAUUAAUUGAUAAUCAAGAAAUUAAAAUUCAUAAAAAUUGUAAAUCAGUAGCUGAAAUUGCAAUUGUAAUUCCAAAUUAUCAAAAUCAAUUAAAUAAUAACAAUUGUGAAGAAUCAAUCAAACAAUCAAUUUAUGGUGCAAUUAGAUUAUUAGAAGAUAAUAAUUAUCAAUUUAAUGUAAUCACUCAAAUUGAAACAAUUGCUUUAAAUGAUUUAUCUCGUUACAAACUUUUAAUUUUACCAGAUCAUUGUAUUUUAACUUUUGAUCAAUCAAAUAGAUUACAAAAGUAUAUUAAUCAAUGUGGUGGUUCAGUAUUAAUGUCAAAUAGAUCUGGUUUAAUUGAAUCAAUUAAUAAUGACAACAACAACAAUAAUAAUAGUAAUAAUAAUAAUAAUAGUAACACCAGUUUCAAUAAAUUAGAAUUUAGUGAUUCUAUUUUAGAUAAAUCAAAACUACUUUCAACAAAAAAGAAUUUUAAUAUUACUUCAAAGUCGCUAGCAAUGAAUGAAUUAUUUAAUAAUAUUGAUAUUGACUAUUUAUCAAAUUGUUUAAUUGUUAAUAAUGGUUAUGAUGGUUGUACUCAAUUAAAACAAUUACAAGACGAAUCUUCAAUAGUAUUAAUGAAUAGUAUAAAUAGUAAUAGUAAUAAAUCUCCAGCAAUCUUAUUAAAUACAAACCAAAGAACAAUUUAUUGUGUCUUUCCAAUAUUCCAACAAUAUUAUCAAUUUGGUCCAUCAAAUAUGGAAUUUAUAUCAAAUAUUUUCACAACUUUAUUGGAUCAAAUUUUAUUAACUGAUAAUUUAAUUUCAAUAAAUCCAAUUUCUUCUGAUAUUAAAGUAUUUAUUUAUAAUCAACAACAACAAAAGUCAAAUUCAACAAAUAAAAAUGAUGAAAGUGAUAAAUACAUUAUUCAUUUUUUAAAUUUUAAAAAGCAACUUGAUAACUCUGGUGAAUUUUAUAAACAAGGUUGUAAACUUGGAGUGGUUAGUGUAAAUAUAAAAUUACCAAAUAGCUCUGUAUCCUCUGUAUAUUUAAAAACAAGUUCAACAAUCAUCCCAAUUACAAAUUUUAAAGUUUUAAAUAAUCAUUUUAUUUCUGAAAUUCCAUUAAAUCAUUCUUUCCAAACUUUAUUUAUUCAAUUUUCAAAUUAA